AUGACCGAUAUCAAGAACGGAGCAAAAAUGACAUUUGAGUCGGACCUUGAGAACCGACACAGACAAAUUCGGAAGGAUAUUGGGAUCCGAGGGACUAUGUGGUUGGCCUUCCAGUCAAUUGGUGUCAUCUUUGGGGACAUCGGUACCUCACCUUUAUAUGUAUUUACUGGUAUUUUUGGUUCCGACCCGUCAAAUCCUCCAUCCGCGGAUGAUGUCGUUGGCGCUUUGUCUUUAAUUAUAUGGUCCCUUACAAUUAUACCGUUGUUCAAAUAUGUUAUCAUUAUUUUGAGAGCUGACGAUAAUGGUGAAGGCGGUACUUUUGCUUUAUAUUCACUGCUAAGCCGUUAUUCCGGAAUAUCGGUUCGAGGUGAAAGUCGCAUUGACGAUUUGACAAUUACGAAUUAUGACGCUGUGUCCAUACAUAGCGUUAACAGGGAGAAGCCAAAUUUUAUCAAACGCAGUAAAACUGUGCAAAAUAUCUUAUUGACCGUAGUUUUACUCGGAACAUCUUUGGUGUUGAGUGAUGGGCUGCUCACGCCUGCCAUAUCCGUAAUUUCCGCCGUCGAAGGCAUCGCAAUUCCUGCACCGGUUCUAACUAAUGCUGUUGUCCCUAUUAGUUGUGUCAUAAUAAUAGCUUUAUUUUUAGGACAACGUUUUGGGACACAAAAAGUUGGCGUUUUCUUUGCACCCGUUGUUAGUCUUUGGUUUAUCUCUCUUGCUUCCAUAGGAAUAUGGAACAUUUCAAAAAAUCCAUCCAUCCUAAAGGCCUAUAACCCAUAUUAUGCUAUCAAUUACUUUGUUCGUAACGGUGGGGAUAGCUUCGAGGUUCUUGGUGGUGUUCUCUUAGCCGUCACGGGUGUCGAGGCCUUGUAUGCCGACUUAGGUCAUUUCAACCGCCACUCUAUCCAGAUUUCUUUUCCGCUUUUUACCUACCCGCCAUUAAUAUUAGCCUAUUGUGGCCAGGCAUCUCGUCUUGUUUUAGACCCCACAGUAAUCGAGAACACAUUUUGGAAUACUUUGCCGGAUCUUAACGGGCCGUUUUAUUGGACUUCAUUUGUUUUAGCCACUUUUGCCACUAUCAUUGCCUCUCAGGCUAUGAUUUCCGCUACCUUCUCGUUACUUUAUCAAGCAAUGCAAUUGGAUUGUUUCCCACGAGUCAAGGUUAUUCACACCUCCAAGAAAGUUGAGGGACAAAUUUAUAUACCGGAGCACUCUGCAAAUCUAACCAUAGCUUACGGUGUGGCUGUUAGUAGCGUCAUGUUUCUAUCUACCAUUCUUUACGCAAUCGUCAUGGUCAUUGUAUUCGGGCUCCCGGUAUACUUGGCAGUUGCCUUCUUCGUAUUAUUCGGGUUCAUUGACGCAUGUUUUCUGAGUGCUACACUGUUAAAGGUUAAAAGCGGCGGUUAUUUUACUUUAACUAUUGCCGUUAUAUUGUGUUUCAUUAUGCUGUUAUGGAAAUGGGGAACAACUAAAAGGGUUAGAUUUGAACUUAGCCGCAAGACUAAACUUGGUGACAUAUUCGAUGAACAAGCCUUAAAUAACACCGAAAAGGAUUCCAAAGGACCAGUUAAAGAGAGUUCAGAGGAAAUUGAAGAAUCUGUUGAAUCUAAAACCUCUGUACUUCGACUUUUAGAAACAAAAUUUCCAGUCAACCGUCUUCCUGGCAUUGGGCUCUUCUAUAAAGAAGCUGGCAUGGGUGUUCCACUAUCGUUUAGUCAUUUUGUUGAACAUUUUCCAGCUAUCCCUGAAACUGUUAUCUUCAUGACAAUCCGUCCAGUCGCCGUUCCCAUCGUUGGUGAAGAGGAUCGAUUGGUCGUACAAAAAAUCGGGAAUUAUGAAGGCAUCUAUCAAGCAAUCGCGAGAUAUGGCUACAUGGAGAAUAUUUCUCAAGGGAAUGAAUUCCUACAGAAAUUGUUGAAUGCACUUUGCAUAGUUGAUCCUGCCAGAGCAAGCUUAUUAUCAAAUGUUGAUGAAAAUAACGUGAUUACUUAUGUGAUAAGUCAACCUUCUUUUAUUCCAAAAACGCGUUCUACGUGGAGAAAAUUUUUAGUGGGUGCAUAUGGAUUCUUUGUAAACAUUUCGCGUCAAGUACAUGGGACUUGGAACAUCCCAGUCGAUGACCUCAUCGAUGUAGGAAUGAAGGUUCCUCUUUGA